ACUUAUUAGGAAACAUCUUGUGAGGUUUCUCUGAUGCCACUGAAGUGUUAAAACGUCCACAGACACCAGUCACCUCAGUAUAGAGUGCGUUAUACUUCCCCUCCACUAGAUGGCGCCAUUUCACCCUGGGAGGCGAACACGGACCGCCACGCCUGUAGGCGGACCAGCACAGUCGUAGCCUGUAUCGUCAGACCAGACAUAGGAUACAGACAACAACAGUGACAGAUCAAGACCGCAUUUCUGUUUGCAACCAGCUAUGGGUGUAGUCUGAAAAGUGGAUCCAGUAGCGCACCGCAAUAUACCUCGAAGUUCUAUCCUCAUGAAGGAGCUCCGUCCUGGCUGAGUUUGGGAGAUGGGAGUCCUCAACAUCGCAGACCAGCCUCCUCUGGUCCAGGCCAUCUUCAAUCGUAAUGCUGAAGAAGUUCAACUAUUAUUGCACAAAAAGGAGGAUGUCAAUGCACUGGACCAAGAGCGCCGUACGCCACUUCAUGCUGCUGCCUGUGUGGGGGACGUCCAUAUAAUGGACCUCCUCAUUGAAUCAGGUGCCACUGUUAAUGCUAAAGACCAUAUAUGGUUGACCCCGUUGCACAGGGCGGCUGCUUCCAGGAAUGAAAGGGCAGUGGGUCUGCUGCUGAGGCGCGGAGCAGAGGCAAACGCACGGGACAAGUUCUGGCAGACACCUCUGCAUGUGGCUGCUGCCAACCGUGCCACGCGCUGCGCAGAGACUCUGCUGACCCAGCUGAGCAACCUGAACAUGGCAGAUCGCACUGGCAGAACUGCCCUGCACCACGCAGCUCAGAGUGGGUUCCAGGAGAUGGUGAAGCUGCUGCUGAACAAAGGGGCCAACCUGAGUGCCAUCGAUAAGAAGGAGAGACAGCCCAUCCAUUGUGCUGCUUACUUGGGGCAUUCAGAUGUGGUGAAGUUGCUGGUGUCCCGCAGCGCAGACAAGAACUCUAAGGAUAAGCAAGGCUACACACCUCUUCAUGCUGCUGCUGCCAGCGGUCACAUCGAAAUUGUAAAGUACCUCCUGCGGAUGGGGAUAGAGAUUGAUGAGCCAAACGGCUUUGGCAACACUCCCCUCCAUGUGGCCUGCUACAUGGGGCAGGAGGCUGUGGCUACCGAGCUGGUGAACCACGGAGCUAACGUAAACCAGCCCAACAAGUGCGGCUACACCCCUCUGCACCUGGCCGCCGUCUCCACCAACGGUGCCCUCUGUCUGGAGUUGCUCGUCAACAAUGGGGCAGAUGUCAACCAGCAGAGCAAAGAAGGGAAAAGCCCUUUGCACAUGGCAGCCAUUCAUGGACGCUUCACACGCUCUCAGAUUCUCAUCCAAAAUGGUGGGGAAAUUGACUGUGUGGAUAAGUAUGGCAAUACUCCUCUCCACGUUGCUGCUAAGUACGGCCAUGAACUGCUGAUCAGCACUCUGAUGACCAACGGAGCAGACACGGCCAGACGUGGGAUCCAUGGAAUGUUCCCCUUGCACUUAGCUGUGCUGUACGGGUUUUCAGACUGUUGUCGCAAGUUACUCUCCUCAGGUCAGCUGUAUAGUAUAGUUUCAUCCAUGAGUAAGGAGCACGUACUAUCGGCCGGGUUUGACAUAAACACCCCUGACAACUUUGGGAGGACCUGUCUACACGCUGCUGCCUCUGGAGGAAAUGUUGAAUGUCUGAACUUGCUCUUAAGUAGUGGUACCGACUUGAAUAAGAGGGACAUAAUGGGAAGGACCCCGUUGCACUAUGCGGCUGCUAAUGGGAGGUACCAGUGCACUGUGACCCUGGUGAGCGCUGGCGCUGAGGUCAACGAGCCUGACCAGACAGGCUGCACUCCCCUGCACUACUCUGCCGCCUCCCAAGCCUUCAGCAGGGUUGAUCGUCAUUUUUCUGGAAACCAUCAGAACGAUGAAGAUGAGGCGAAGGAGUCGUACUUCUGCUUGGAGCAUCUUUUGGACAACGGUGCUGAUCCAUCCAUGGUCAACUCAAAGGGUUACAGUGCUGUUCACUAUGCAGCUUAUCAUGGCAACAAGCAGAACUUGGAGUUGCUUCUGGAGAUGUCCUUUAAUGCACUUGGAGACAUAGAAAGCAGCAUUCCAGUCAGUCCUCUGCAUCUUGCUGCUGAUAAAGGCCACUGGCAGGCGCUGCGUGUGCUGACGGAGACUGCAGCCUACGUGGACAUGCAGGACGCUGCAGGACGCUCUGUGCUCUACCUGGCUGCGCAGAAAGGCUUCGCCCGCUGUGUGGAGGUGCUGUUGGCUCAAGGGGCUUCCUGUCUCCUCAAUGACAACCGCCUCAUGUGGACACCAAUUCAUGUUGCAGCUGCCAACGGUCACUCAGACUGCCUGCGCAUGAUGAUCGAUUAUGGAGAGGAGGGGGAUCUCACCAAUGUCGCAGACAAAUUUGGCCAGUCCCCUCUGAUGCUCGCUGUUCAGGGAGGUCACACCGACUGUGUCCACUACCUGCUGGAGAAGGAUGCCUUGCCAGAUGCCAAUGACAAGAGAGGCAGAACAUCUUUGCACAGAGGGGCGGUGCUGGGCCAUGACGACUGUGUGACAGCCCUGCUGGAGCACAAAGCUUCUGCACUGUGUCGGGACACCCAGGGUAGGACACCUCUGCACUACGCUGCAUCCAGAGGCCACACAGAGAUCCUGGCCAGUCUGGUGCAGGCCGCCGUGGCAGCAGACCCACAAGAUAAACUGCUGGACAUUAAACAAUACACUCCAUUACACUGGGCUGCUUACAAAGGGCAUGAAGACUGUUUGGAGGUUUUACUUGAAUUCAAAACAUUUAUCCAUGAAGAGGGAAACCCUUUCACCCCCCUGCACUGUGCUCUGUUGAAUGGCCACAGCGGUGCUGCAGAGAGGCUGCUGGAAUCUGCUGGGGUCCACAUGAUUAACACCAGAGAUGCCAAAGGACGGACCCCACUGCAUGCUGCUGCAUUUGCUGAGGAUGUUGCAGGACUUCAGCUGGUGCUUCGCCACGGGGCAGAGAUCAAUACAGUGGACAUAAGUGGACGUUCCGCUCUGAUGAUAGCUGCUGACAAGGGACACAGUGGAACCGUGGCCAUCCUCCUUCACCGGGCCAAGGCUGACCUGACACUGCUGGAUGACAACAAGAACACUGCCCUGCACCUGGCCUGCAGCAAGGCUCAUGAGAUGUGCGCCCUGCUGAUUCUGGGAGAGAUCCACAGCCCGACACUCAUAAACGCCACCAACAGUGCUCUGCAAAUGCCCCUCCACCUUGCAGCACGCAACGGUCUGGCUACGGUGGUGCAGGCACUGCUGAGCAGAGGAGCUACUGUGCUGGCUGUGGAUGAGGAAGGCCACACCCCAGCCCUGGCCUGCGCUCCCAACAAGGACGUGGCCGACUGCCUGGCUCUGAUCCUCUCUACCAUGAAGCCUUUCCCCCAGCGGGACCCUUCCUCCUGCUCCUGCUCCUCCCCCACCGUCUCCCCCUCCCCGGGUCUCAACUUGCUGAAGCACUGCGGCAUCACCGCCACCUGCGCCCCCCUGCCGAGCAACGGCCUCCACAACGGCUACGUCAAAGACCGUCACGGUGCACCGGUUGGCCUGGACGGGUGUCUGUCUGAGUGAGGUCACGCGCCCCCCUCAGUCAGCUGCUAUCACCAUCAUCACCACCAGAGGGGGGGAGGGACUCCCUUUAACAUGGCCCAGAGGACCAGGAGAGCACCCACCCACAUGUCUGUUCUGUGUAUGUAUGUGUUUGUGUGUCUGUGUGUGCGUGAGUGUUUGGUCUUCUCUUGAGGUGCAGUCAAACCUAAUAUGCAAUUAGAUCCCAUUCCUCCAUCUCCCGUAGUGCUUAAAACUUAGAGGCAGAUUGCUCUACAAGGUCACUCAGAGGAAAAGUGGCAUCCAAAACAAACUUUAGCAAUCUGGCCAUCUGAAAUCAUUUAACCCUUUAAAACCAUGUUGACAUCCUUAUAUAACCUGACAUCUAAGAGCAUGGAAAUCUCUGUAUCCUCGACUGUCUUUCUCUUCAUAUCACUCAGUAUAAAGUCAUAUCAUGUUUAAUCAGCCGUGGUGACCUUGUAGAGGAACGUACAGCCUUCCCAAAAGAGUGAUUGAUUUUUUUUUUUUCUUCUCUUUUUUGUUUUUAAGUGUGCGCUAGCUUAGAUUUUUAUGAAGGAACCAAACAAGGGAAAAAAUCUAACUUUUUUUUUUUUUUUGCUUAAGAGUGCAAUGCUUAUGUACUACAGUACAAUCCGAAAAUUUGGAAAAGGGUCACAAAGAAUUCCAUAGUGUACUUAAAACGUAUGGCCUAGAUUUGUUUGGCAUUUUAAGAUAAUUUGGUAAUGCUGCUGAAUACAUACGCAUGUCUCCUUCCAAAGGAGGGCCAUGCUCGGGUCAGCGUUUGUAACAUCGAUUUGUUCUUGAUGCUGACUUCAUGUUUUAAAGAUGCUAAAUAAGUGUUUGUUAAGCUAGAAUGUUUCUAAGCAUAUAACUUAUGACCAAAGUUGAUCAACACUAUUAUGGCUAUAAAUUAUUUAUUUGAGAUGAACUGUACUGUAUAGAGAAAGACAAUAGAUCUUGAUAUACCUCGUCAACUCGUUUAGCAGCUGCUUCAUCUUCACCCAGGGUCCGUUGGCCUAAUGUUCUCUUUUUGUAGGACUGGAGAACUACUGUAGGAUAGUGACUGACUGAGGCCUUGUUUAUUAUUAGAUGAAGGCUUUACUAGUAAUAUCUGCCAACAACACCUCAUCAAAGCAUCAUAUAUCUGAGCACAUAAAUGAACAAGCCAUUUCAAUUUAUUUCCCAUCUCCUUUUAACAGUGUUUUUUGAAAAAGGAAAAAAAAAAAGAUUCCAGAAUUUGAAAGGCCUAACAACAAGAGAGCGAUCAGUUUUGUUUUUAGGCACUCAUACCUUCUUCUUUUUCUUUUUUUUUUUGUUUUCAUUUCUUUUGAUUUUGAAGUUGAAGUGAUCAUCAGCAUUGUGGUUUUUAACACGCUCUCACUACAGGAGAUUUUUUAUUUUUUUUUCUCUGAGCUGGUGAUCUAGUCUUAAACAUCUGAUAGCUCAUAUCUCAACCUCUCGGUGAUCAAUUUGAACAAAUACAAGUAUUUUCUGCUGUUUUUUAUUGGGCAGUUUUCAAGCAAUAUUUUCUUUUGGCCUUUUUUUUCUUUAACCUUAUUGAAUAGACAAUCACUGUCACAAGGGCUUUUGUUUCCCUGGAAUGUGUUUUGAUUUUUGUUUUUUUUUUGUUUUUUUGAUGAUUUCAUGAAAAAUUAACCUAAAGACUAAACGAAUGGCUCUGUGUGUGCCGGGCAUUUUACUGUCAGUGUCAACACAAAUGCACUGGAUUGCCUUUAUGGCAUCUCAUGAAAUGCCUUUUGACCCAUGCCUUCCGUAACACAUCAUUUCAGUUGGAUUGCGUAAUGGCAGCGUACGACGAGCCCUGAGACUGACUAUCUUUUUCCACCUAUUUGAUUGCAACGGCAUUGAACCACAGUUGCACCACAGUGGAAAAAAAAAAAAGUGCCCGGCAUAUCUUUAUGUGUCCUGGCGUUAUCAAUAACUGGGGAGUUGAUAUCCCUUUUUCAGAAGCAAAUAGGGCUAAGAGGAAAAAAGGAGAGGGAUCUUUGCUUAGGCCAAUACCUGUUGUUUAGAUUUCAGGAAUAGCAGAAAUCCAAAUAUGUGGUUUUUUUUAGUGUUCAUUUUGUCGUCUCCUCAUCCCAUUUCUGGUACUAAGCAUACUAAAGAUGAUUGUAUCGGACCACUAGAGCUGUUUGUGACUUUUAGAUGUUAUACCUAUGCUAUUUUAUUAGACCAUCUGCUGGUGGUUAAAUUACACUGAGUCGGAUUGUUUUCAUUGGUGUGAGAACUUCAUAUCCACUGGUAAUGAAGUGGCACAAUUGCACACAUUAGUUGACUGGAUGAGAGAUGAGGACCUAGACUAGGAUUGUGACGUUAAGUUCCCCCUGCGAUAAAAUCUUUGUACUUGAUUUACUAAAGCUGACAUCAAAUUCCUUUCAGAGCGCUGAUUUUUCUCACUUAGUGUCAUAGUUUCAUAGUUGGCAUUUCAAUUGACCUCAAUAACUUGAAAUGGAACUAAUUGGUGACCCCACAGCCUUUCUCUUCUCUUGAUGGAUUUCUAAUUUCAGGAGAGCACUUAUAUUAUUACUAAUAUUAGUGAUAGGUACAUAACAAUUUGUAAUCUCAGGAUCUGUGCUGAAGCAGCGAACAGAAUUUUAUUAAUCCAAUCAGAUCUCAGCAGGAAGAUUAUGUCGACAUUUAUUUUUGGUGGGAUUUUCCAUAAUUUAAUUCCUUUUUAACCCUAAUCCCACAGCACUUAAUUAGAUAGUCAAGCACGCACUUUAGUACAUUCAGGUUCUAAGUGUGCAAAAUAGAGCAGAUGUUAAUGUAUGUACUUAUGUUUACAUGCAUGUGUGUUGCUGCUGAAUACAGGAAGGAAAGGGUUGCAAAAGACAAGCAAAGGCUGCAACAAAAUUGUACUCUUUCAAUGCAUUAUUCAAAAAGGAAAAAAAAAGUGUCUCUAAGUACUUCGGGGCGGUAUCCACUGCCCGCUGAGUUUUUUUUUUCUUGUGUUCACUCACUCUGGGCAAACAGACCCUUAAAAAGUGACAAGGUUACAUGACCCAGCCUACUGUUAAUAACAGACUCUGGCCUAAGUCACCUAAAGUCAGUGCACCUCUGGCAGGCUCCUUAAAAUACUCUACAUACUGUCUCUGCCAUCUGUAGGUGCUGUCUGCUCGGGCAGGGAAGUUUUCUCUCUCUUGUGAUGUCCUUAUCUGACCAGUAAAUGGAGCCAUUGCCGCUGCAACUGUA